AUGAACAUUUUCAUUCUCCCUUUGAUUCUUCUUCUCACAAUCUCAAUCUCACAAGCAUCAUCUUCAUCAUCCUCAGCAGACAUAUUUCUCCAAUGUCUCCACAAAAAAUUCAGCAACUACUCCUCCAUCUCCAGCAACGUCUACACCCCAAUCAACGCCUCCUUCUCCUCCACCGUCAAAUACUCCAUUCACAAUCUCCGAUUCGCCUCCGACUCCACCCCAAAACCCUCCGUCAUCGCUACGCCAGACCACGAAUCCCACAUCCCUCCCCUCAUCCGCUGCGCCAAACGGAGCAAGCUCCAGAUCAGAACCCGAAGCGGUGGCCAUGACUACGAGGGCCUAUCCUCCUUCGCGACGCAGGAAGUCCCCUUCCUCAUCCUCGACUUGAUAAAUCUCAGAGAAAUCGUUAUCGACGUUGGCCGAAAAACCGCCUGGGUCGGCGCCGGCGCCACCGUCGGGGAGCUCUAUUACCGGAUCGCGGAGAAAAGCCCGGUUCUCGGGUUCCCGGCGGGGAUCGGCCCGGCGGUCGGCGUCGGCGGCCAGUUCAGCGGCGGCGGCUACGGCACCAUGCACCGGAAGUACGGCCUCUCGGCGGACAACGUCGUCGAUGCGAGAAUAGUCAACGCCCGCGGCAGGAUCCUUGACCGGGAGUCAAUGGGCGAGAAUCUGUUCUGGGCGAUCAGAGGUGGCAGUGGGGCCAGCUUCGGCGUGAUCACGGCUUGGAAAGUCAGACUGGUGGAUGUUCCUGAGACGGUUACUGUUUUCAAAGUCAACAGGGUGCUGGAGCAGAACGCGACUCAGAUCAUCCACCGCUGGCAGAGCGUGGCGCCGGAGAUGGACCGGGAUUUGUUCAUCGGUAUCAUGUUGUAUAGGUUGAAUUCGAGCGCGGGAAACAUUACGAUCAAUGCGAAUUUCUAUUCGUUGUUUCUCGGUGGGGCCAACCGGUUGCUGGCGAUCAUGGGGGAGGGCUUCCCCGAGUUAGGGUUGGUGAGAGAAGACUGCUUCGAAGUGAGCUGGCUUCAGUCGACCGUGUUUAUGGGUGGGUACUCCGUUGACACUUCGCCCGAAGUUCUGCUAGACAGAGCUCGGGCGAAGGGUUAUUGGAAGGGGAAGUCCAACUACGUGCAGGAGCCCAUGCCUGAGUUGGGUUUGGAAGGUGUGUGGAAGUUGUUGUUUGGGGCGGAGGCGGAGUUUGUGCUGGUGGCAAUGAAUGCUUAUGGUGGGAAAAUGGCAGAGAUUUGCGACUCUGCCAUUCCGUUUCCCCACAGGGCGGGAAAUUUGUAUAAGUUGCUAUUAAUGGUGUUGUGGCGGGAAGAGAACAAUAAGUAUGCAGACAGUUAUAUAGAGUGGAGUAGGGAGUUUGAUGAGUACUUGACUCCUUACGUUUCGAGUAAUCCGAGGGCAGCGUAUCUCAACUACAGAGAUCUUGAUCUCGGAGUCAACAAUGUUGACGGGGAGACGAGCUACGAACAAGCUAGCCGUUGGGGAAAGAGGUAUUACAAGGGUAAUUUCGAUCGUCUUGUGAGGAUUAAGUCCGUGGUUGAUCCUAAAGAUUUCUUCAAGAACGAACAGAGCAUUCCACCGGUGCACUCGAGGUUUGGCUGA